AUAAUUGGCAAUAUCGAUAUAUCCCACGUCACAUCAAAACAAGAAAUUGUGUCCACAAGAAAAUAAAUAAGAACAAUAGAAGAAGAAAAACAAUCGUUAAUAGACAUGGACAAGGAUAAAUUUACCCUGCAAACCAUACGGCAAGACUUGAUUGAUAACAAUCUGCAGGCCAAGGCGAUUAUACAGGAUAUACUCAAUAGUAGGUCGUCUAUCGCUGAGCUGGAGGAGCUCAAUGAGGCGGGACGAGCUAAACUAUCGGCGAUACGCAAGAAUAUCGAACGAUUAGAUGAUUGGGCACGCGAUAUGGCGGACCCGGCAUUGGCCAAUGAGGUGGAUACGCACCGCGAUCAAUUCUCGAAAACACUUCAGGCAUUUCGCAAGGCUAACGUCUCCACAAUGCUGGAGAUUGAGAAGGCCAAUCGCGAGGAACUCAUGGCCAUAACGGGAGAGAGUGAUUUGAGGCAUCGCAACACUUCGGCGGGGGGUGCGCGGCACAAUCGCGGUAGUCUUGUGUCACAGGAGAACGAUGUGACGGAGAAAAUGUUGGCCAUAUCGCGACAUUUGUCCGAGACGACACAAAAGAGCGCUGUCACCUUGGAGACCCUCGUCGCCUCCUCCCAGAACGUGGAGGCCACGCAGGAUGAGUUGCACAACACAGCGGGCAGCAUUACGCAGUCGGGCAAGUUGUUGAAGAAAUACGGCAGACGCGAGUGUACGGACAAGAUGCUGUUGUUCUUUGCUUUCUCGCUGUUCCUCGCCUGUGUAUUCUACAUUGUGCAGAAGCGUCUGUUUUAGAUCUGUGGUAUCUCUAUAUUUGUUAAUUUAAAUAGUCGUUAGGCUUCUAAUCGUGUGUCUCUGUAAUAUUGUGUAAAACGCUUGGCUACUUUAAGAAUUAUAAAUUAUAUAGGCGCAAUUUAUUUAAUGUUA